UCGAUCACCUGUACAGAUGUGGUGAGGAGACACUCAUCCAUCCACGACCCUUAUCUUUGAUACCCAAUGUUUUAACAUUGUCAGUGUGGUUUAUUAAUACAAGAGCAGUUUGUCUUAAUUUAAUCUCACUUGAACAAGGUAAAAAAAAUCAGAUGAAAAUCACAAGGAAAAAUAUAAACUUCUUGUCACUGAUCUGAACUACACCUGCAGCCUUCUGGUCAUGUUGUCUGAAAUAUGUGUGUUGACCACAGAAAUCUGAUCCUGGGUCUGUGUAACGGCUGUUGUCAUGUGACACCUUUGACAUGUGUGUAUGGGUUAGAACAUGGGUAAAAUAGUGACUACGUGUGUGAUGGACAUGGGCAGUGAAAUGCAGUGUGUGUGUGUAUGUGUGUGUGUGUGUGUGUGUUCUACAUGUUGAUGUGGUCAAGAACACAAGUGGGUAGAACUACAGGCAUCCCAUUUCACCCUGUGCCGGUGUGCUAUUUGAUACUACGGUGUGCCUUUGUGUGUGUGUGAGUAUGUGUGUAUGGGAAUGAUAGCCCCAGGUCCUGUUCCAGGGCGAUGAUCACACACAGACAAACUCUGACAGAGACGAACAGCGACUAACAACCAGUGAAGCACUCACAGCUUCUGACAGGAUGUAAGAUAUCGAGAAUUUUCUGUGGUCUCGCCUCGCUCAGCCUAACAUGACGAGAAUGGAGAUUAGAAUAGAGUGACAUUGGACUUGAACCUCCGCUCUUUCAGUGAGUGCUUUGCUAAAUAAUUGAUCUUUCAGCCUGUGCCUGGUUGAAAAUGAGGAAAGCUGCGCUGAUGGUUUGGAUCAGUCUUCUGGUGCAAGGUCAGUACUGCAUGAUGGACUUGUUGUUGUUUCUUCUUCUCUUACUGUGCUGCACACUAUGCAUGUUCUGCUCUCUACUCCCAGUGUCCCACGGUGCCCAGGGUUAUUAUGCUCGCAAACUUCUAAACGACCUGAUGGAGAACUACUCCAAUGCACUAAGACCUGUGGAGGACACAGAUGCAGCACUGAACGUCUCACUGCAAAUAACACUGUCCCAGAUCAAAGAUAUGGAUGAGAGGAACCAAGUUCUGACCACAUACUUGUGGAUCAGGCAGGUCUGGUAUGACUACAACCUGAAGUGGGAAAAAGAAGACUAUGAUGACCUGGAGAUGAUUAACAUCCCCAGUGACCUGGUUUGGAAGCCAGACAUUGUCCUUUACAACAAAGCAGACGAGGAGUCAUCGGGUUCAUCCAGCACUAACGUAAAGCUGCGUUACAAUGGUGAGAUCAUAUGGGACUCUCCAGCCAUCACAAAGAGCACAUGUGUUGUGGACGUCUCCUACUUCCCCUUUGACUGGCAGCAGUGUAACCUAACCUUUGGCUCCUGGACCUAUAACGGAAACCAGGUGGACAUCAGUUUGGGCAUGGACAGUGGCGACCUGUCCGACUUUGUGGACAAUGUGGAGUGGGAAUGCCACGGCAUGCCUGCAGUAAGAAAUGUUAUGAUGUACGGAUGCUGCUCUGACCCGUACACUGAGAUCACAUACACCCUUCUGCUGAAACGACGUUCCUCGUUCUACAUCUUCAACCUACUCCUCCCUUGCUUCCUCAUCUCCUUCCUCGCCCCGCUGGGUUUCUACCUGCCUGCCGACUCUGGGGAGAAGGUGUCCCUCGGUGUCACAGUACUGCUGGCACUCACUGUGUUCCAGCUACUUGUUGCUGAGAGUAUGCCUCCUGCAGAGAGCAUGCCCUACAUAGGCAAAUACUACAUAGCCACCAUGACUAUGAUCACAGCCUCGACCUCUCUCACCAUCUUCAUCAUGAACAUUCACUUCUGCGGUGCUGAGGCUAAGCCGGUCCCACACUGGGCUAAGGUGCUAAUCAUUGACUACAUGUCAAAAAUCUUCUUUGUCUAUGAGGUGGGGGAGAACUGUACUACACCCGAGACUGAACAGACCCCACUGUACCCAGAGGAAACAAUGAGUGAUAAAGCCUGCUACCAUGACGACCAGCUCCAUGAAAGCACCUUCCAUUAUGACAGUGACCUUUACAGGAACACCAAUGGCCACAGUGUGCAUCAUAACAACGUGCAUAAUAAAAGUCAGGCCAAUGGCACCGCCAAGAAGAAGAAGAACCAUCAUUUUAACAACCACAACAACAUUGCUUCUAGACUUGAGAGCGGUGAGGGGAUGCGAGAGUCCACCCAACAUUACAACCACAUCAGACAAAAUGCCCCAGAAUACCAGAUUCCGCCUCAUCCAAAAAACCUCCAGCAGCUGAACCAGCUGCUGAAGGAGCAGCUCCUGUAUCACACGGAAAAACAUCACAUCCCUGCCUGCCCCUGCUGCUGCCCCUGCCUCCAACACAAACAGGUGGUGAAGAACAUCCAAUACAUUGCCAACUGCUUUCGUGACCAGAGAGCCACAUGUGCCAAGGUAGCCGAGUGGAAGAAGGUUGCCAAGGUGAUGGACAGGUUUUUCAUGUGGAUCUUCUUCAUUAUGGUCUUCCUCAUGAGCAUCCUCAUUAUUGCCAAGGCCUCCUGAAAUCCUGCUACUACUACUGAUUUUGCCUGCACUGACAUGUUUGCCUUUCCUCACUCUUAGACCCAGGUUACCUCAGUGCUGCUCUGAUGCAAUGUCUGAUUAAUCAAGAACAAUUUAUGUGUAAGAAAUGACUUUUGACAUGUCAGAAUUUCAUUGAGUGCUUGUGUGAAUUAUAUUUGGGUUUUUUUUCUGCUUCUAUACCAAGUCUCCACAAACAACUCCAUUUCACCAAUACAAAAAUGCAUCAAAAGAGUUCAGUUAGUUAAGGCCAGGGCUGUUUCCAAGUGUUACGGAGCUGUGGAGUGGUAAGACAAUCUGGGACUCGUCUUCAACAUGCAUGGACUCUCUAUUAUUGAUGAGCUAACAGCAUGACAUCCAGCUAUAGGCAUUACAUGACUUACAUUAUGUGUACCUGUCAAUUCAGCUGAAUCGUGUAGAGACUUUGGUGACAAACUCAUGUGGUUUAAAACUAUUGAAACAUUCUGUAGACUCUAGCUGUGAAGUAAAUCUCAUUUGUGUUGAAAAUUCCACUCCAAAAGUGUGGUUAGAUCAUUAAAGCCUGACAUGCUGAGUGUGGAAGCGAUUUUCUGGUCUGAAAAUAUAUAAUUAUUAUAUUAUGAGAUCAACCACAUUGCUCGAAGGGCAGUAAGUUCGUCUAUCACUGACAUGUUAAUUGAUUUUGUAGACUGAUUAAUAUUGUCAGCAACUCUGGAAGCAUUCAUCAAGCCGCUGUCUAGAUGCACAUUAAUGACUGAAAUACACAAACUCUAAGCUACAUUUUGAUUUCUGGUUUUGCAUAUUUUUCAAGUAUAAAAUGUCAUCCUUUGGAUUAGUCACAAAUAA